UGUCCUGGAGAAAGCGCCAAUAGAGCUGACCAUGGCAGAUUGGGCGGAUGUUCUCGAAGCAUUUCAACGAUGGCCGUUCCAUCCAACGGUAUGGGAAAAACCUUGUUCGCCAUCAUAUUCAACUCAUUGUCUAUUCAGGAUAUUGCUCUCCAGGACUCAGUCUUGAUGACAGAUAAAAGGAUAUGA